CGCUAGGGGGUCAGGAUCAGUCGUCACCGAGUGGUCUCUUCCUGAGCGUCGAAGAAGAAACAGGAUCAAGACGUAAGUUUGAAUUUCCAAAUUGAAAAAUCGACUGAAUUCAAUCGGCGGAAACAUGGAGAAAUUCUUCAUCACGACGGUGAUCUUCUGCGUACUGACUGAUUCCUCCUCCGCCUCGAUGUUUGGGUUUGGCGGUGGAGGAGGAUCCGCUAGAAGCCACGUUGACGGGAAAUAUGCCGGAGAGCUGAACGCGGAAGCCGGCAUUCAUGAAGAAGCCCACUUGGGCAUCGGAGGUGGAGGACACGUAGAAAGUCACAUUGACGGAGCAUUCGAUGUGGGAGGCCACAUAGGGGGAUUAUUAAGUGGAGCAUUCAACGCUCAAUCGAAAAUCGCGGGAGCGGCAAUGGGUGGAUCAAAAUUGGCUUUGGUAGGAGUGAAGCAUGCAGCGGUAAGUGCCGCAUCGGGAGUCGCUGGAGCAGUAAAAGGUGGAAUAGAACAUCUCAGAGAAUUCGGGGCAAAACUGAAAGGAUCGGGAGACAUCGAAGGAGAAUUCAGCGAAAAGGGAUAUGGUGAGAUAGGUUACGGCGCAGGAGGACACGCUGACGGAGAAUACGACAGGAAGGUCCAUGUUGUAGAAGAAUACGGCAGAGAGGACCAUGUUGGAGGAGGAUACGGCAGAGGUGGCUAUAGUAAAGGAGUAUAUAGUGAUGGAAGACAUGCUGACGGUCAUGUUGGAGAAAAAUUAGGCACAGGAGAACAUGUCGGAGGGAAAUUAGGCGCAGGAGGACAUGUCAGAGAAAAACUAGGCGGAAGAGGAUAUGUCGGAGGGAAAUUAGGCGCAGGAGGACAUGUCAGAGGGAAAUUAGGCGCAGCAGGACAUGUCGGAGGAAAAUUAGGUGCAGGAGGACAUGUCGGAGGGAAAUUAGGCGCAAGAGGACAUGUCGGGGGAGAAGUCGGCGCAGACGGAUAUGCCGGAGGAAAACUAGGCGCAAGAGGACAUGUCGGAGGGAAAUUAGGCGCAGGAGGACAUGUCGGGGGAGAAGUCGGCGCAGACGGAUAUGCUGGAGGAAAACUAGGCGCAGGAGGACAUGUCGGGGGAGAAGUCGGCGCAGACGGAUAUGCCGGAGGAAAACUAGGCGCAGGAGGACAUGUCGGAGGGAAAUUAGGCGCAGGAGGACAUGUCGGGGGAGAAGUCGGCGCAGACGGAUAUGCCGGAGGAAAACUAGGCGCAGGAGGACAUGUCGAGGGAGAAGUCGGCGCAGACGGAUAUGCCGGAGGAAAACUAGGCGCAGGAGGAGAUGUUGGAGGGAAAUUAGGCGCAGGAGGACAUGUCGGGGGAGAAGUCGGCGCAGACGGAUAUGCUGGAGGAAAACUAGGCGCAGGAGGACAUGUCGGGGGAGAAGUCGGCGCAGACGAAUAUGCCGGAGGAAAAUUAGGCGCAGGAGGACAUGUCGGGGGAGAAGUCGGCGCAGACGGAUAUGCCGGAGGAAAACUAGGCGCAGGAGGACAUGUCGGGGGAGAAGUCGGCGCAGACGGAUAUGCCGGAGGAAAACUAGGCGCAGGAGGACAUGUCGGGGGAGAAGUCGACGCAGACGGAUAUGCCGGAGAAAAAUUGAGGCAGGACAUGGUGGAGGAAAAUCCGGUGCAGAUCGACGUGCCAGCGAAACAGCUGAUAUAGGUACAGGAAUACACGGAAUAGAUUCUUCCAAACACUUCCGGAGAUUAGGGUGCGUCACUGGAUUUCGCAAAAAAGUAGCUAACGAGGCGAAAAACGCUGCAGAUGGACUUUUGGGGGUACAAUCAACCCUCCGAUUGAGGAGCAUUCUGCAACUCACCAGACACCAGACAUUUGUCUGCAUAAAUUAUGAAUAUUAAUUAAUUAUAAAUAUAGAUGCGAAUCUUUUCAGGGAAACGAAAUUCUAGUUCUCAUCUGCAGAUGCUGACAAAAAAAAAUAUCUAUCAUAAAAUUGUAACACUUUCCAAUUGUUGGGAACAAUAUUUUCAUGAAUAUAGUACGUCAAAUUGGUUGAAAUAAAAAUUACAAUUCGAGGUUUAA